UAGAUCUGCGGUCGAGCCCCUUGCUUCUCGGCCCUUUGUGUCCAGACCAGUUCAAGUGUCAGCCAAUUCUCGCAACCAAGACGAUGUCCCACAAUCAGUCUCAGAUCAAGCUUUCUCGUGGCCUCCCUUGCCAGCCUAUGUGUUUGCCACAAGCUCAACCUGCAAAAUCAGCGAUCAGGAACCACGUACUAUCGCUAGCUUCCGCUCUCUUUGCCGCAGAAACUUCGCUUUCAGGUCAUUUCCACGAUCAUCUCACGGCGUCUCGUCGCUUUUUCUCUUGUGAUGACACGAAAGCGAUGCCUCGGAGAUGUCACGCAUCGAUGGUCUCUUGGACUCGGAUUGUGUCUAGAACGUCUGAACGCGCGGUGAGGAUAUACUUUCAGCCUUGACUGCAGGAACGAGCAUGCGGGUCUUGGUUGGCGAUGAUCCCAUCCUUUUGGCACUCAGGGACCCGCUGAACCCUGUCUAAUCGAAUAUUCACAUAAACCAGGCGGUUGGUCGGCUCAUAGCAAACCUCCAUGCCAUGAGCUAUGCCUCACGCGUCGCCUCUUGUUUUCCAUCAGUCUCCUUCAAGUCUGAUAGGAGCUGAACUGACGGUCGAAGAGCAGUACUACCGAGAACUCGAGAAGCAACUUGCGGAAUGGUUCUUCACGCUUUCCAUCCAUGACCAAUGGUCGAAAUGUCGUCUGUACAACAGCCGCGCUCACGAAAACAAGCAUUCGUUACGCCCGCUGCUUACUGCUCUCAAUCGUGUCCCCAUCUCCUUCCCCGAAACACUGCUAGAACUACGCCGUCUGGACAGAUGGUCCGUAAUCACUCUUCUCCAAGCUUACGCGCAGCCAGUGACACCUCCAAUGGAACACGAUGUCGAUUUGGCGAGAAGGGCCCUCGCGCGCUUCAUCGGGGCACCCCCCUAUUGAUGUGCUGUACAACCUUUCGCCUUCUCCAGUCCAAUAAGUG